AGCGUCACCUGAAAAGUUCGUUGACCUGUACCUUCCUUUCACUCACGUUGCAUGUGUUGUGCAAUGUGUCGAUACACCACCUCCACAUUUUAACAUUUUAGUUGCUCCAUCAACACAACUUCAUCAAAAUGCCUCAGAACGAGCAUAUUGAACUGCACAGGAAGCGCUAUGGACAGCGUCUUGAUCAUGAAGAGAGAAAGAGGAAGAAGGAGGCUCGUGAGCCCCAUGAAAGGGCACACAAAGCUCGCAUGCUGACAGGAAUCAAAGCUAAGCUGUACAACAAGAAGCGACAUAAUGAGAAAAUACAGAUGAAGAAAACCAUCAAGAUGCACGAGGAGAAGAAGACGAAGAAACGCAACAAGGAAGAGGUUCCAGAGGGCGCUGUGCCCGCCUACCUCCUGGACCGAGAGGGUCAGACGAGGGCCAAGGUCCUGUCCAACAUGAUCAAGCAGAAGAGGAAGGAGAAGGCGGGCAAGUGGGAUGUGCCCCUACCCAAGGUCAGAGGUCAAGGAGAGAACGAGGUCUUCAAGGUCAUCAGGACAGGCAAGAGGAAAACUAAAGCCUGGAAGAGGAUGGUCACCAAAGUAACCUAUGUUGGAGAAGGUUUCACAAGAAAACCACCGAAAUAUGAGAGAUUCAUCAGACCAAUGGCCCUUCGCUUCAAGAAGGCCCAUGUCACUCACCCCGAACUGAAGGCUACAUUCUGUCUACCUCUGAUUGGAGUCAAGAAGAAUCCCAGCUCACCCAUGUACACAUCGCUAGGAGUCAUCACAAAAGGAACCAUCAUCGAAGUCAAUGUCAGUGAACUUGGAAUGGUGACACAAGGAGGAAAAGUUGUCUGGGGUAAAUAUGCGCAAGUCACAAAUAACCCUGAAAACGAUGGCUGCAUCAACGCUGUCCUACUGGUCUGAGUGAAACAUCGGACCAAAUAACAAUAGACUGAUAUCAAAUAUCUUAUCUGGAUCUGAUCGACAAGAUCUCCUCACUCGUCAUCAGAUCAAAGUCCAGCUUUUCUGCCCCCGUAUCCAGUAUGCUGUCCAGGCCUUCUGAUGAGGAAAACCUUGUGCGUUCAACCAGUUUGGCAGGAGCAUCACGACCUGGAGGAUGUUCUGUGUGUGAGUGAAAUACGCUUGGAAGUGAUCUUGGAGCUGGUGGAAUGUGGAUCAGGAAAGCAGAGAUCAGUAGACGAAUCUGAGGCCUGGAAAACAUAUUUUUUGUUAUUAAAGGGUACCUACAUAGGCUAUCAAGGAGCAAGCGCAGAUGAUCUAUACUUGCAUCAUACAGGCAGACUUACAUGUAUAAGAUAGGCAGGGCUUGACACUAACAGGCGCCUAGGAGACAUGGGUGCCCAAGAUCUAUGUCCUGACCCCUCAGAUUUUGAAGUUUUUAUGUAGAGAUUGUACAUACAGACUGUAAAACAGUCAAUCUCGGCCCCCUUUAAACAAAAAGUUAGUGUGGAGCCUUGCUUUCAGUCAGUCUCAAGUGAUUGCUUUGGGUGUUUCUCCUGUGCAGUUCAGGUUUACAGAGCAACAAGAUUCCAUAAUCCCCCACAAAUCUUUUCUUUCUUUAAAAAAAUAAUUCAUGGAAGUCCUGUCUUUCUCUUUUAUGAGAUAUUUGUGCCUCAUUAAUAAUACAUAAAGUACAUACAUGUAUGUACUUCAAACUUAACCCUCUCAUCUAAGAGUUCAGAUUUUCUGACAGCAUGAAGUUCCGAUAAUGCAAGAUUUUUUUUCUCCAGAGAUUUGAGGAUGUCCUUACUGUAUCCACUUUUAGGCUUAAGCAUCUGUCAGGUCGAGUCAGAAGUGAUCAGAUCAGUUGCAUACUUGCAUUAAGAAAGUAAAUGAUUGAUAUACUCGUGUCCGAUUUGUUAGUGGAUAAUUGCAGAGGACCAAGUCACUGAAAUAGCCCCAGAAAAGGAACUGUUAACUUUGACCCCCCCCCCCCCAUUUUAUUCAUUUAGUAGAAGACAGAAUUUAUAUAUUUCUUCAUAGUGGAGACUGGAGAGGUUGUGACACACUGUACCUAUGUAAUGACACAUGCAACAAUAAAAUUAUUAAUAUACA